AUGACUCUCUACUACAGUCUCGUUUUCUGCCUUCUGGUCUUCGAGAUGGCCGUUUUCAUGGGCUUGAUCAUCCCUCUUCCCUUCCCCAUCAAGCGGAAGUUGUUUACCUUCAUCUCAGAAAGUCCUGUGGUAGCGAAAUUACAAUAUGGGUUAAAGAUAACAUUCAUAUUUAUCCUCAUCCUCUUUAUUGACAGCGUCAACCGCGUGUACCGCGUGCAGCUCGAAUUGGCGUCUUUCAGCAAAGAGGGUGGUGCUAUGGGAGCCGCCGCUCUCGGAACGGACCGCAUGGAAGUACAGGCCCGCAAGUUCUACUCCCAGCGUAACAUGUACCUCUGCGGCUUCACGCUUUUCCUCUCCCUGAUUCUCAAUCGCACCUACACCAUGAUCCUCGAACUUCUCCGUCUCGAGGACAAGGUCAAGCACCUCCAGGGCGACAAGCAGGCCGGCGGCAAGGACUCCGCUCGUCUUGCGAGUGCCGGUGACCUUGGCGAGAUUGGCCGCCUCAAGGAGGAGCUCGCUACCAAGGACCGUGACAUUGAGACCCUGAAGAAGCAGGCCGAGGGAUUGGCUCGUGAGUACCACAACUUGGGUGACAAGGUCUCCGACAAGCCUGAGGGUCCCAAGAAGGAUUUGUAA